AUGCGAGAAGAGCCAGACGGCAGCCGGCUAGGUCUUGUCCUUCAUUACCCAUUAGUGAGGAGUGCAGGGAGAGAACUUAAGUUAGAUAUAUAUAGCGUGCCAGUUGUGAGUGUUCUUGACGAAAAUACAAUUACGAUAACCAAUAUAAAGGUAAAUACAUCAGGCGCUGGUGACAGUCGCAAACGUGUCCGACGCUACUACGUCGACUAUGCGUUUAACAGUGCAUGCGCAACAACACAUCCAGAUUAUGCAUCGCAGGAAAAGAUAUUCGAUACAGUCGGACGUCAAGUUUUAUCUACAAUAUCCCGUGGUCGGUCAGCUUGCGUUUUGACUUAUGGCCAGAGUGCGACAGGGAAGACUCAUACAAUGGUGGGGUCAGCAGUGCAACCGGGUUUGAUACCACGUAUUUGCAAGGCCUUGGCCGAGGAAUUACCUGUAGAUAUUACUGUCAGCUUCUUAGAGAUAUACAACGAGCGGGUCCACGAUCUUCUAGCUGGUGAAGCACCCUUAUCUCUUAACUCCCUUCCAAGGCGAAAAGGAAACGCACGCAAAGACCUGCGAGUAAGGGAGCACCCGACUAAGGGACCUUACGUACAAAAUCUUCGUCGCGUGACAGUUCAUGACGUAGAGACAUUGCUGGCCGUGGUAAACGAAGGCACGCGCAGGCGUCGAACAGCUGCUACUAAGCGUAAUAUCUGCUCUUCGAGGUCUCACGCAUUAUUAGAGCUGGUAACACCACACGCUACAUUGCAUCUCGCUGAUCUUGCUGGCAGCGAAAAAUCUGUGUGGGAAGGCUGUGCGAGAGGACGUCAGAAGGAAGGAGCCAAUAUCAACAAAUCGUUAGUAGCGCUCAGCAAUGUCAUCUCGGCGCUAGUAAGUGGCGGAUCUGGACGUAGCAGGUUCGUGCCCUAUCGAGAUUCAGCGUUAACCUGGUUGUUAAAGGACUGUUUCACGGGUGGCGGCAGCACAUUCAUAAUUGCGACGGUGUCCCCCAGCGUCUCGUGUUACGGUGAGUCUGCGUCCACUCUUCGCUGGGCAGCUCGCGCGCGACACCUUCCAGACUCGCAAACGUCCACUGUGACUAGCGUCAUAUCCAAAGCGGCCUUGCAAGCUCAGUUCAAUCAGCUGUUAGCUGAGCUGAAUCGCCAUUUUAUUCAAUAUAAACUUGAAACUAGACAAUUAUCGUACGACGAUGAGCACUGGAAAUUAAAUGAAAAUCAAAAUAACGAGAAAUCAAAGACACAAGCAAAGAUAGGUAAUAUAAUGAAUUUACGAUAUGUGAAAGGAGAGGGUAGAAAUUCUGAAUCAACGCCGUCUUCAAUUGCCAGUGGAAGUUCGGAUGUUAUAAACAAUAUGGACAAAAAUGCCGAGAUAAGUAAUGAAAUCAAUAAAGAAAUAGACAAAUUAUUUGGACCUGCACUCGAGAGAACUAAAAGCGGUAGUGACAUUGAGGUUGCGGCACCUCUUAGGCGUAAGAAGCGUCAUUUCCGUUCACAAGAAGUACUUACUAGUGAUAAGGCACUACAAAGUAAUCAAAGUCAUCGUUUAUCAGAUGCUGAUCUUAGUGAAGCACAAGGAGAUGACUCACUCAAUUUAGACAACUCAAAGACACCACAAAACCCAAUUCUCUAUGAUAAUCAGCGAGCUGAGAUCAUAGCCUCUGUCACAGAAAGAUUAUAUUCUAAGCUUAAAAAAAAUGAAGCUGCUGUUUCUAAACAAGAAUCUAUCGUUGAUAAGAAACCAGUGAGUGAGACUAAAAUUCUGCAACCCCUAAAUGAAUUGAAAAUUUGUUCGAAUGCUAGGCAACGAUUGAUGGAGCUUAGUAAAAAAGCUUUGAGAAAUAAAAGAAAAAUAGGAAUACCAGCACAUACGCAAACAAGAAAGACAGUAAUCCGAGUCAAAGAUCAAGGUACUGACGUUCAGACAGAUCUUCAGUCAUAUAUAUGCCAUCAAGACCGAAAUUGUAUAUUUUAUCGAGAUGUCAGUACUGAAACUACGCCGGUGACACCACGUUUAAAGGAAAUAGCUGUUGGCCCUAAAUAUAGCACUUUAUCCUACAAAGAUAGUUCUACAGUAACUGAUUGUAAAAAAGCGAGUUACAAGAAUUCAUGUACGAUGACUGAAUUAGUAUUAACGAGAAACCACAGUUCACAAACAAAUGUUCAGCCUCCUCCUAGGAGGAGAAAACGGCAAUCUGCUUAUAUGAAAUAUAUCAAAAGAAUUGAACGGAUUAAGUCAAGCACGGAUGAUAGCAGCGUGUCUCCAGUAAUUAAUAUCAAUAUAUCUCCUAUGUACGCAGUGGAUUCAGAAUCUCAAAGUUCAGACGAAACAAUAGAUGACUCAUUAGACAUUGGAAAGGAAAAAGAAAAGCACAGUGUUGCUACAACGCCAGAUUUAUUAACGAAUCACAACAAUUUACUAAAAAAACCAGAAGUUAAUGAAAUGAGAAUAAAUGAUACUAAUUUCAAUGAAAACUGUGAUUUAAGUAAUUUCAACAGUAUUAAACCAUUAGAGUUACAUGAGAAAGCCUUAGAAGACUUUUCUGAUAAAGAUAAUGUGCUUUUACCCCGUGUUACAGCUGAUUGCGACAGAAAAAUAGGCCAGAAAGAUUAUGAGGAUCUUAUAUUAGGGCGAAAUGAUAAUCUAUAUCCUUACAAUAUUAAAGUAGCUCCAUCCCGGAAGAAGAAUAAACCAAAAACUAUCAUCCGGUUUAAGGACAUAGAUGUUACACCUGCAGAAUGUUGUAGCAAUGAAUGGCAGAGAAAAGUUAACGUAGCGAGUAAUUCGAGUCAAAACGAAAGUGAUAUAGAAAUAGAGAGUGAUGACUCGGCAACUUCUGUUUUAAGCGAAAUGGACUCAGAUUCAUUUUUGUGGAAUAAAAUUGAUUCACUUAAUGAUAACAAUUGGAUAACAUCUGAAGCAAGAAGUUGGAAUGUUUCAGAUUCAAAAUUAAAAAAAGGAUCAUGGUGCCCAGAUUUGCAAUGUGACGAAUGUAGCUGUACUAAAAGGGAAAACGAAAAUAUUGUGACAGUUAAGCAGAGGCAUAGCUUAAAAAUAAAAAACAAAAGCGAACCUACUACGUUUAACAAUAUUGAAAGAAAAAUUAAAAGUGCUUGUAAUAGUUUGGAAGCUUCGGUUCAUAAAUACGACAACUAUUUACUAGAAUUCCGAGAUAAAACCAAAAAGUACUGUAAGUCAGAAACGCACGCGAGAACACCAAAGGAAUAUCUUCAGCAUUUAAUAAAAUUAAGGAAGCAAGCUGUGCAAUCAAAUGAUCAUAGAAAAUAAGUAUUUAUUUUUA